AAAGUUGCCGCCGCGGCAGCACCCCGGAGCCUUGGGGGCCGGGGACGAAGGGAGACCAGUCGGGGGCGGCGGCUGCGGCAGCCGCGGCAGGAGGAGGAAUCGAAAGGACUGUAGGGGGAGGUAGCGCGAGCCGCCCGGACUGCUCCUCCUCUUCCUCCCCCUCCUCCUCCUCCUCCUCCUCCUCCAAACUCGCAGGGCUUAGCCCCGGCGCUCGCUCAGCCGCCGCCGAGCAUCCGGAGGGACGGCAGCCAGCCGCACCGCCCCGGGCAGGCAGGGUCGCAGCCGCCAUGGACAGCGACGACGAGGUGGUGGAGGAAGCCGUGGAAGGGCAUCUGGAUGAUGAUGGGUUACCACACGGCUUCUGCACCGUCACCUACUCCUCCACAGACAGGUUUGAGGGUAACUUCGUGCAUGGAGAGAAGAAUGGACGCGGCAAGUUCUUCUUCUUUGACGGCAGCACCCUGGAGGGAUACUAUGUGGAUGAUGCCCUGCAGGGUCAGGGCGUUUACACCUACGAGGAUGGAGGUGUCCUCCAAGGCACCUACGUGGACGGCGAGCUGAAUGGACCCGCCCAGGAGUUUGACACCGACGGGAGGCUGAUCUUCAAGGGGCAGUACAAAGACAACAUUCGACAUGGAGUGUGCUGGAUCCAUUACCCAGACGGAGGCAGCCUCGUCGGGGAAGUCAAUGAAGAUGGGGAGAUGACGGGAGAAAAGAUAGCCUAUGUCUACCCUGAUCAGAGGACUGCGCUCUAUGGGAAGUUCAUUGAUGGAGAGAUGAUUGAAGGGAAACUGGCCACCCUCGUGGCCACCGAGGAAGGGAGGCCGCACUUUGAGCUGGCGUCCGGAAGUUCUGUGUACCACUUCGAUAAAUCGACGUCCUCCUGCAUCUCCAGUGAUGCCCUCCUUCCAGACCCUUACGAAUCCGAGAGGGUUUAUGUUGCCGACUCUCUCAUCUCCAGUGCUGGAGAAGGACUAUUUUCCAAGGUAGCAGCGGGACCCAAUACCGUCAUGUCUUUUUAUAAUGGAGUCCGAAUUACACACCAAGAGGUUGACAGCAGGGAUUGGGCCCUAAACGGGAAUACUCUCUCCCUCGAUGAGGAAACGGUCAUUGAUGUGCCUGAGCCCUAUCACCACGUGUCCAAGUACUGUGCCUCCUUGGGACACAAGGCAAACCACUCCUUCACUCCAAACUGCAUCUACGACAUGUUUGUCCACCCCCGUUUUGGGCCCAUCAAAUGCAUCCGCACCCUGCGAGCUGUGGAGGCCGAGGAAGAGCUGACCGUCGCCUAUGGCUAUGACCACAGCCCUCCGGGGAAGAGCGGGCCCGAAGCCCCUGAGUGGUACCAGGUGGAGCUGAAGGCUUUCCAGGCCACCCAGCAAAAGUGAAAGGCCUGGCCCUGGGGCCCAGGGACCUGGAAUAGAAACUUGGAUCUAUGCACUACAUUUGUCUGACCGACAACCAGGGACUGUUCAUGCUGUGACAUCACAUCCUCUCACCCUGCGUCAGCAACGACUUUCUCGCAUACUAACUAGGUUUGACUGUAUUACUCAUACCAGAUUCCAAAUUAGCUAGCCUUGCAACAACGCCCUGCUGAGAGGUACUGUCCAACUGUAGACAGCGUGAUGUUCUUUGACGGCGGAAGUCUAAAUCUGGACCGAGUUCAGAGAUACCAAAUGAUUAGGCUGAAAAAGGGAAAUGGGGUUUUUUCAGUCAUUUUUCGUCGGUGGGUUUUUUCUUCUCCAUGAGGGUUUCUCUAUGGCCGGCGCACAUGGCCUUCAGUCACCCUUGCCUGCUGCCAUGUGCAGGGCAGGAAGCGGUGACAUCUUUACAUAAAUGUAGGGCCAUUUGCCUUUUAACCUUUGAUCUGUAUCUUGCAAUCGAAUGGCUUUGUUUUUGUUGUUAAUCUCUCUAGUGAGCCGGAGCCCAGUCUUCUGAGUCACUUUCCUUAGCCUCACUAUUUUAGCAAUCCUUUACAAGAGAGAGCUUCCGAAUGGGUCUUGCAUUCAUAGCAGUGUAUAGGUCUCUCUGGUUCUUUAUCAUUUCACUCUUACGUCCUGAUAUAAAUUACUGGCUCAUAGGGCCAGACUGUUAUUAUAGACUUAUUAUUCUCGCAUGUAAACAGAGCUAUCUUUGCUUUCAGAUGUGAGAAGAAAUGAAUUUACUUUGUUUGCAUUAAGUUAUGAAAGAGGUGUAAGAUAUGCUUUCAGGAGGAAGCGAGGGAAAUUAGUAUUUCUAAGCAGUUGUGGCAAUUUUGCAGCAUCUUCAGUCGUGCUGGCAGUUUUUUCUCCUUGGGUACACAUUAACUGUGCACAGCCUAGUGCUGUCUGGCAUCUGACACAGCUCAUUGAAUUUAAAUACAACAGCUAACAUGCAUUCCAAGGCAGAAUGCAAAAUUCUCCUUGAAAUCAGUGUCGUGAAGGCAGACUUGCUGAUGACUAGGUGCGAAUUGGAUCUUUAGCUCAAGCUUCUCAGCACAGUGAUUUCAAAGCACUUCGCUGCUUCCAGGCGCUAUAAGCCAAGAGUUCACACCUGUGCAGUUCCUUCACUAGCCUCUCAGCCACCUCACAAGCCAUACAUAAUCACAACUGCAGAAAUACAGAGGAAAAUCCCAUUAUUUUAGUUUAGCACAUUAGAUCUGUAACAUAACUGGACUGCUCUGAAUGAAUGCUGAGUUUGGGGAACUCCCCCAAGGCGUCGCUCCAUCACCAGAAGGGCCUGAGAAAAGCAGUGGCAAAAGCUGUCAACAGGGCUGCCCUAGGCCUGUGUUGGCUUAGGCUUAAAAGCUAAAGCUGUCCAAGCUGUAAGAGAUGGUUGAGGGAGUUUGGAAUGGGAGAGGGAGAUGCGUGCUAGGAAUGGGUGGAGAUGGAGGGAGGAGACAGGGAGAGGGCAGUUAUUUUUGUUGUUGUUUUUGUCUCUUAAUGGCUUCCUGCUUUCCCAAGAGUUCCAUCUGGGGCUGCACACAGCUUGCCCAUCAAACAGCCCCAGAAUGAAGGAGUCAGCCCUCAGUUAUAAUAGCUUCGCUCUGGGCUCUUUCACAAGCUUCCUGAAACACCCAGCAUCAGGCUCUGCACCUGUGCUUUCCAAGACAGCUGGUCACGUCCCCUGUUUAAAAGUUUAAGGAGGUAGUUUGCUCAGGAGAAACCUUCUUGGGACUCGUCAGGAGUCUCCUGCAAAGAUGAUUGAAUAGCUUUUAGACUGCAAGUCCACACGAUAGGAUGGCUUCUGUUCUGUUGAAAGAGACCGUGCAGUAAACUGAGCAGGUUUAAAGUCUUCUGAGAGGGGCUUUCAUGUAAAUGUGUCCAGAGUUGGCUGCCUCAGGGAGAACUGUGGCUGUGUUCUGCUCUGGCAGUCAGAGGAAGAGAGGGCAGGUCCUACUUCCAAUGGCCUGUGCUCCCAGGAUUUUACCUGGAGAUGGAACCUUAGCCUCAGUGGCAGUGGGGGCUCAACUUCUAUCCUAAAGGGCUAUUCUAGCAAUCUCAUCCAAAUGGAACUCAGAAGUAACUUUGGGGGCUUGAGGGACAGCAGGUAAAGGUGCUUGUUGCCAAGGCUAUGACCUGAGUUUCAUCUCUAGGACCUCCAUAGUGAAAGGAGAGAAGCAGCUCCUGAAAGCUGUCCUCUGACCACACACAGCACAGCAUGCAUGCACACACAUGCACACACAUAGACGCAAUGUGGGGAGUAAGCUGGCUAAUCUACUUUUCACAUUCUGUACUGGGAGAAGACACUCUGGGCCUCAAAACUAGCAACGUGUCCGUGACCCUUGGAAAAAAAUCACAGGAAGCAAUUCACAUCACUGAGCCUCUCUGUCUUCCCACCUCCCUGCUUGUUUCCUGCAUCUCUCAGCUCUUUCCUUCUGCUGUAUGAGAAUCCUGGGUGUGUGUGCAGGACCGCAACCCAUCUGAUGGCUCUUCCUCUUUAUGUCCUGAGUUCUCUCCUCUCUUAUUAGACUCUGUGCCUUUCCCUGAGUGUGGCCCAUUCCAACUACUGUUUGCCCUACCUCCCUUCAUCCCUCCUCUCCCUCUCCCCCUCCCCUUCCUUCUCCCUGUCCCUCUUCCUCGCCCUUCUCCUCUCCCCACUCUCCUUUCCUCUCCCUCUCUUCCUCCUCCUAGCUCCUGUACCUGUCCCCUCCCUUUCCCUCUUCCCCUCCCUCUCCUAAAUAUUCAGCUUUGUCACGAGUUGCAUCUGUUAAAAGUGAGGUAGAGAAGCCAGAGAAUUAGCAGCUGAGGAAGGUUGGAGUUUGCUCCUUGUUUGGCCUAAAGUGGGAGAGCCUUAGAACGUACCUUCUACUUCGCAUCUGCUGUAGACGGAAACGGGAAGCGGGCAAAUCUGGUCUUCCAUCAGGAUCAUUAUCACAAACACAUGAUUGAGAUUCUGUGUGGUUGCGGGGGAGGAGAAUUAACCUUCUGCUGUCUUCCACACAGCUGGAGCCUGUGCGCCUGCCUGACGCCCUGGUGUGAGGGCAUUCAUUCAGAGCUGUCCCAGUCCAACCCUGCAUGACUUGAUCCAUCGUUAGCACCUUUUCUACUAAUGGCGAACUAUUGCCUUGUGUUAGAGUUAGGGCUAGGAAUUAGUCACAGAGCAUGCCCCCCCGAGGGGCGUUCGCUUGAACUAACAAAAGCAAAGCAAACGUAAGAAUUGAACUUAGGACACAAAAGAAUGAUGAGGCUAAAAAGAAACAGGCGGAGGAGGACUUGAGUUUCUUAGUACCUAUUCUUAUUUUUACUGACUUAAUCCCAAGCAACUGAAAAGGAAAUUUUUUUUUUUUUUUUUUUUUUUUUUUUUGGUCAAGGCCUCUUUGAGCCUGAUUAGGACUAGAGUUCAGCUUCAUUACUCUUUGGGAUUCGUCACAAUUGAAAAACUGUUUCCUUAUCACCAAACCACACAUACACAAACAUACACAGGCCGACAAGGCCAUGUAAUCAUUUACAGCAUUUAAUUGUGACAAUUAAAAUUGCCCUGGGCUUCGGAAUAGCUCAGUGGUCCAACAUUUGCCUAGCAACUAGAGGUCUUGGGAUACAUCCCUGGUACGGGAGGGGGCUGGGGGUGGAUUAGGAACAAUUAAAAGGCUGUCUCAGUGAAAAAGUACGUGGCACUUUUAUUAAUUUCACUUAAUGAUUUUUUUUUUAAUCUAAACUUCUCACUGCAAAAUACACUUUAAAAUCUCCCAAGAAGGUCAAGAAUUCUGGGUUUUGUUUGUUCUCAAACAGCCACCUCCAGUUCUGUCUUCAGAGUAGUGACUUAGAAUCCAGACAUUUUUUGUUUUAGAUAAACAAGCAAAACUAUGUUGCAAGAUGGAUAUUUGUACUGUUUAUUUGCUGCAGAUCAAAGGUUCACAAAUAUAUUCGAUUUACAGGUACCCGAAGUACUUGAUAGAUUCCCCAACACACACCUUGGAUUUUUUUUCCCUUCAGAAACUUAAAGCCUUGGUGUCAGGAUUUUUUGUUUUUGUUUCGGAGGGUUUUUCUUUUUUUUUGGGGGGGGGCAUUGUUUUCAAAAAUACUAAAUUUUAAAAGUUUUAUUUUGCCAAACGUGUGCAUACAUAUUCAAAGCAAUGAAACUAUAUCAAGCCAUAGAGCCACAGGGGUGGAAACCCUUUUCACAAAUUUUAAUGUGUUUGUAUGUAAAUAGAUGUUUGUAUGAAAUAUUUUCAUGGUAGAAUGAAUAUAUUUAAAUGAAGUUGAAUUAUUCCAGUGCUAUUUAAACACAUGACAAAAAUUUUUGGUGAGAAUUAUCAGAGUCUAUUGAGAUAUAAUGCAGAUCAAUUUUCACUUUUAGAAAUCAAAAGCCUACAAACCGCUCUGACUGGCCACCACCUCCUGGCGGGGUGGUGUCCGAUGUGAGGUAGGCUUCCCAGUGCCUCAGCCGCUUUCUGGUGGUAAGUUCGGUGCUAAUGAAGGCGUGUUUACCUUUCAGUGAUUCCUGCAGGCCUCCGGGGGCCUGAGAGCGAAUCGAGGCGUUUAGAGAUGCUGGUGCAGUUAACGGAGCACAAUUUCUUUGCAGGACAGAAUCCGAAGCCAGACUUGGCCGCGUAAACCUCAGAGCUGGGUUUCCCGGCCACCUUCACUCGCCACCCCUAACUGCCUAGUCACAAUGUCAGGGGGGCCACCCUCAGUGGAGUUGGGGUCCGGACCCCGGGGUGGGACUUCACAGAUUUACCAAUGCUUUUUGCCUUCUGACUUCCCUCUCCCAGAGGGAGAAGGAGGGCAGCCGCUGGCAGGGGCCACUCUCAGCACAGUCCAUAUCCUGUCUCAGCUCUGGAUGUCUAUGCAUCUAAGCACCCAACUUCAGCCAGAGAGGGAGACUUCUGCGGAUAAUGGAAACCCUUGAUUCCUGUCUGUGACUUUACACGCAGUUGUUAAAUGUCAUUUUAAUAUGAAGACCAUUCAUGUACCUAAGACAUACCUCCCAACUCUGACUCCUGAGUUACUGCAAAACAAAACAAAACUAAACGAAAAUAUCCUUUACAAUGCUAUUCCACGUGGGAGCGCUCCCUAAGCCACCUUUGGCCCUGGAUAUAACGAAACAAUAAUCUGACAGAUUUCACUGUGUACACUAGCAAUAUGAACACUGAGCCAGUGCACCCCACCUAGCUACUUGGUUAAUUACUCUUGAUGCUCCAGGGACUACGGACGUCAUGCCUGGUGGUUGCAUAAGAAAGUCACAAAGUUACAUCCAUGAUUCUUAGCUCCCUUUCUUCAGACGUUUUUCCUCCUGAGUUCUCUGUGUUCUCUUUCUCUAUCCUAAAAUGCAUCUGUUGGGUUGUGAGGUAUGUUUACGGGGUGGAAGCCAGGGGUCACGCUUUUGGCUUUGAUUGUAACCAAAAGUCAACCCAUUAUAGUUUAAAAAAAAAAAUUCUUUGGUCUUUUGUGGAAUUUGAACUAAAUCUAUGAGCCUUAUUCAAUAUCUCUAAUUCUAUGAUUUUUUUAAAUUAUGGGAAAAUAAUGGAAGAUGUUUACAUGAGUAAUGUUUGCCCUUACUGUGUUAUGAAUGAAUUUUUUGUAGUGUGUCUGGGCGCAUGUGCAAGAAAGUAGGAAAAAUGUUUCUGAAACAAAACUUGACAACUAUUUGUAAUGAAAAGUAUACUUAAAGAUUGCUAUAAUUGCGCUAUAGAAACAAUGCAAGUAUUAAACAAAAUAUACAAUCA